CGUGCGCCGAUGCACUGACGGUGCGCCGGGACGCUGUUCCUUCAGUAUUUACGAUAGCAGCGAAAACCCCAUAAGGGCGAAAAGUAGACGAACGGAUAUCGUACACGGAGAAAAAUGUUCGAACUCUAUGGUGUGAGCAAAGACGGCAUGGUGUAUCGGUCACCACCUCCCAGACGAAAGGAAGUUGAUAUUCUGGAGACUUGUCUGCAGCUCUCAUCACCGGAACUUAUGAGAAAAUUGCCUAACGGCGAUGCACUUCAUCAUAUCAAGGACACGGGUGUUUCGACUUCCUUCAACAAAGCUAAAGAACCACCUAGAGAGAGCAGACGAAGCGCUGUGAGGAAGUGGGUGGUGAUGAUUGGCUUCUUCUUCCUUGGAUGUGCCUUGGUGGCUGGUUUAGGUCUACCUCUCGCCUUCGAACUUCGAAGUUCUCACUUGCUGCAAGCCAGACUGCAAGUGGUCCGUAGGAUGCUCUCAGAAAUUCCUCUAAUUGACGGGCACAACGACUUUGCCUGGAACCUGCGUAAGCACCGCGGUAAUACGAAGCUCGAUAACUUCCCUUUCGACGAGGAUCUGUCGCGCAACGCUAGUUGGGGUCCGCAAUGGCAAACCGACCUGAUUCGCCUAAAGCAGGGAAUUGUCGGUGCGCAAUUCUGGUCGGCUUAUGUGCCAUGUGAAUCGCAGUACCUCGACGCCGUGCAACUCACCCUGGAGCAAAUUGAUAUCGUGCGCAGGCUCACGUCGCGUUACCCCAAGCGGAUCAGACUGGUGACGACGAGCAGCGAGCUGGAAGACGCUCAUCGAGACGGGGUGAUCGCUAGUUUGGUGGGCAUAGAGGGUGGCCACAGUAUCGGCACUUCCAUGGCAGUGCUGAGGAGCUUCCAUCGGCUGGGCGCACGUUACAUGACCCUGACCCACAAGUGCAACACUCCAUGGGCUGAUUCAUGCACCGUUGAUGAUCCGAAUUCAGACGCGCAUUCUGAUUUCCGCAACAAUGGCCUCUCGGCGUUUGGUAAAGCGGUAGUUCGGGAAUUGAAUCGACUCGGCAUGCUCGUGGAUCUGUCUCAUGUCUCGGUGGGGACGAUGAAAGACGCUCUCGCAAUAACGAAGGCACCAGUCAUAUUUUCGCACAGUGCCGCCAAAGCGCUUUGCAAUUCUUCAAGCAAUGUCCCGGACGACGUGUUACGGAAUUUGUCUCUCAACGGAGGUCUGGUUAUGGUCAGUUUCGAUAGCGCGCAUUUGAGCUGCAGCGAUAAAGCUUCCAUGUAUGACAUCAUAGCUCACAUCAAUCACAUCAGACGGACAGCCGGAGUGAAUCAUGUAGGUCUUGGCGCGGGUUACGAUGGAAUACUAAGGCCGCCAACGGAAUUGCCAGACGUUUCCGGCUAUCCGUUGCUCCUGGCCGAGCUGACUAGAGAUCGCAGAUGGUCUGCCACCGAUAUAAAGAAGCUGGUAGGUGGAAAUUUGCUGCGCGUCCUCAAGGAAGUGGAGAAUCACGCAGCGACUCUUUCGAACCAGUUUCCGGCAGAGGAAUGGAUAUCUCAGGAGCUUAUCGAAGACAGCGCCUAUUGCAGAUAUCACGAUUCCUAGAGAUACAUCAUCUUUCGCUCAUGCGACUGUUUCCGAUGCUACCCUUCGAUUUUCUAUAAAGGCGUUCUUUCGCUAAAAAAUCAGAAAAAAGAACAUUUGGAAGCAUUUGAAACUGCAUCGUCUUUGUACCUGGAGCGUCCCGAUUGUUUUACAUUUUUAAUAAAGUAGUGAUAGAUUCUUCGU